CGUCAUCGACACACUUCAACUGUUAAAGGGCGGCUUUUGUCAGUGCGCAACACAGGAAAAUCUUAUAGUUUGGAGAGCAAACACAUCCGCUUGAGUAAAAUGGCUUCUUUCAAAGGACUUGUUCUUUUAUCGGUGAAGUUCGUACCAAACGGUGUCUUUUGACCGACUUACCGGAGCGCUCAGAAUAAAGUUUUUCAUGGUGCACUUUAUCCCGAAGCAGCACAGCGCGCUACGGGGAUCAGAAAUGAAAACAGGACCGACACUAUUUUGCGCAUUUCUCUUUAGGAAGUAUUUCAAAUGGCUUGAUUCACGAGUCUUUUCUCGCUUUUGAGCUGCGGCUGCGAUAGAUAACCGCGCGCUCGGACGGACUUUGGUUACCAUUACGCGUGUUUUUAUUUUUAUUUUAUACAUUUGGAUAAACGACUGAAGCUCCAAGCCAGAUAAACUUGGGAUUCCGGAGAGCACAGCGGGACAACACCAUGACCAGCUGCUGGCUUGCCUUGCUCGGAUUGUGGUGGAGCGCUUAUUACUGCAUGUUCCUGGUCGCGGGGAGUAAUUAUUCACUGGAUGGAAACAACGAAGUGCACCCGGGUUUCAUCCACCGGCGGCUGCGGACGCACGAGAAGAGGGAGAUGCAGAAGGAGAUCCUGUCCAUCCUCGGGCUGCCGCACAGACCGAGACCGCAUCUGUCACACGGAAAGUACAACUCCGCUCCACUUUUCAUGUUGGACUUAUACAACACCAUAUCUAGCGAGGAGAAAAGCCAAGUGGAAGGCAUGCUGGACCGGUACCAGUCCAUGCGGACGACCCAGAGUCCUCCUCUGGCCACAUAUCAAGAAACAGCCUUUCUAAACGAUGCAGAUAUGGUGAUGAGUUUCGUUAAUCUAGUGGAGUACGACAGGGAGCUCUCUCCGCAGCGGCGUCACCACAAGGAGUUUAAGUUCAACCUCUCACAAAUCCCAGAGGGCGAGGCCGUCACCGCAGCAGAGUUUCGCCUCUACAAGGAGUGCGUGAGCCGCGCCUUCCGCAACGACACCUUCCUACUUAAAGUCUACCAGGUGGUCAAGGAGCACCCUGAAAGAGAGGCAGACCUCUUCCUGCUGGAGUCUCGCAGGCUGUGGGCAGCUGAGGAGGGCUGGCUGGAGUUUGACAUCACCGCCACCAGCAACCUGUGGGUGAUGAGCCCGGUGCACAAUCUGGGCCUGCAGGUCAGCGUGGAGACCAGCAGUGGGCAGAGCAUCAGCUCCAAGGAGGUGGGGCUCGUAGGACGUGACGGCGCGCUGGAGAAGCAGCCGUUCAUGGUGGCAUUCUUCAAAGUCAGCGAAGUGCAUAUCCGCACUGCCCGCUCCACCGGCGGAAAACGUCGUCAGCAGAACCGCAACCGAUCCACGCAGCCACAGGAGGGAUCCAGAGGGCUCGGCCCUGCAGAUUACAACAGCAGCGAUCAGAAGACGGCAUGCAGAAGACAUGAGCUCUACGUCAGCUUCAGAGAGCUAGGCUGGCAGGACUGGAUCAUUGCUCCUGAAGGCUACGCAGCCAACUACUGUGAUGGAGAGUGCUCGUUCCCCCUUAAUGCCCACAUGAACGCCACCAACCACGCCAUUGUACAGACCCUGGUACACCUGAUGAACCCAGAGAAUGUACCAAAGCCCUGCUGCGCCCCCACCAAGCUCCACGCCAUCUCAGUACUCUACUUCGACGACAACUCCAACGUCAUACUGAAGAAAUACAAAAACAUGGUGGUGCGGGCCUGCGGCUGCCACUGACACCGACAUUGAGGGCUAAUAGUGCUUGAUGAAAAGUUGGGACGGCAAAGGGCUGCACCAGUGACUCCUGGGUGACGUUGACCUCAACCAGACACCAGCUUCCUGCCCAAAUCCUCAGCCUGCAAGGAUUACCCACCCUGGAAGAUCAUUUACACGUUUAAUUAAAAUCAUCUCGGACAUCCGUCUAAUAACAUUUGUCUUCAUCAAACUAAGAGGGGACCAUUAUGGGUGUCAUCUAAAGGCAACUUCACCCCAGUGUUGAGCCAAUCAAUUACCUUCUCUACUAGCUGUGGAGUCUUCACUUCAUGGGUCUGCAACUGAGUGAAUGACCGUAUGUGUGUGUGUGGAGGAAGUUUGUAUAUUAUGCGUUUAUGGAAGUGUGUGUAUGAACGCCCUAAGAGGCUACUGCACCUUCUCCCUCACUGAGAGGGAGAGGGCAAAACUGAACUGUUGUGGGACCAGUCCGAGUGCUGCUUUCUUUCCCUUCUCCUGUCCGACAAAACGGUGGAUCAGUUCUCAGAGGGGGCUCGAAUAUUUACUAAUGAACAACUCCUCUAGAGCUCAAGACCCUGGGGAGUUGACUGAGUGUAUCACAGCACUGAAAACCAACAGUAGUCAGUGACAUCACCUGGUCAAAUGACAGAAUAUGUGUAUAAAUGGUUGGAGCGAGAUGGGAAAAUAGUUUCCUUUUCAGUGCAAAUGUUAACUCGAACAAGCUAAUACUAAAUGAAUGAUACAUUGGAGUCAGUAGAUUCAUAUUUCCUUCUUCUUUCCUAAUGUAUUUUCUUCUUAAGCCAUAUUUGCCCUCCUAAAAUAUAAUAUGGACUGAACCAAAG